AUGGCUCCCAUCAUAACACCUCCACCAGCAUCUGAUCCAGUAGUGACUAAAUCAGCAAAAUCAGCAGCAGUAGCAGUACUAGAGACAGCAUCCACAGAAACACCUCUGAACGGUAUCCAUGAAAAGCCAUUGCCAGAACUUAUUGAAAAGGUCUUGGAAGCCAUCAAGCAGGAAGAAGAUAGAUUGCGAAAAGAGGAAGAGCUCAUGCACGCCGUCAACCAGAUUCGAUUUAAUAAACCACUGGCACCAGUUGAAUACGAUAGUCUAUCAGCACCACCCUCUCCUCCUCCCAAGGACGAUCAAGUCAAGGAAAGACUCAGUCUAGAAGAGGACUAUCCCAACCGCACCGUGGAUUUGAAGGAUACCAUCAACACUGAAUAUCGUGAGCGCACGAAUUUCAUGAGCCAUCAAUGGUACUUUGAUGAAUAUUCUGGUAUUUAUCGACAAAACGCGCCUGGAUUAUGGGUUUUUCAGAGCAUGCCUAGUUUGCAGCGAUACACGUCGACACGAGCAUCCGAUACACAUACUAAACAUAUAACCGAAAAGUUGCUUUCAUCUCAUAGCUCCAUCCUUGGUACGAGUCAAUCUCCGUCUCUUAGGCUUCGAUUUUCUCAACAACAUGGCAGUAGAUCAAAUCGUUCUAGUUUACCCACUAGUAGCGGCAGUAGUAGCUUCAUUACAUCAUCUACCACCGACACAUCAGAGCAUGAGCAGCAACAAGCCGACGCAUGGCCGUCACCUCGCACAGUAGAGCAAGUGCAUCAACUGAGAAAGCAAGCCAGAGCCACCAGAGAUAGACGCAAGCAGCUUGAUUUAUGUCGCACCUUGAUGGAUGCAGCAUGUCGUGAUGAAGAGACAGAGCAUGUAACAGAAUCGCCUAUUCCAGGUACGCCGCCUGUCAACACUCGGUACAGACAGCAAGAGUUACGUAGACUGAAAAAGAAGGACCUCAUGCUAGAUCAGGUGCUGGUGCUGGAGGCUCAAAAGAUCUUGAAGCGUCUUGCGCUGGGUGGAGGCGGCAUGGGUCUAGGCACAGACGGCGAUGCUCAGUUCUUGCUUGCUAAUUGCUACGGUGUUGGUGGUCUAGGGCUCCCGCUGGACAGAGAAAGGGCCUUUUCAUUGUAUAUUCAUGCCUCCAAACAGAACCACCUUGAGUCUACGUAUCGCGCAGGCGUGUGCUACGAGAUUGGCAUUGGUACACGCAAGGACUAUGGCCGCGCCAUGUCGUUUUAUCGCAAAGCAGCUACUCAAUCCCAUGUUGCCAGUAUGUACAAGUUGGCUAUUAUCUUGAUGCGAGGCUACUGUGGACAGACGAUCAAUAUGAAGGAAGCGCUUGCGUGGUUACAACGUGCUGCUGCUUUAGCAAGUGCUCAGAACCCACAUGCCAUGUACGCUUUAGCUAUGUUUCAGUUCUCUGAAGAGUUUGCUGAACAUACCAUUGCAGAUAGCUCGUAUGCCUUGGAGCUCUUGCAUACAUCAGCACACAUGGAAUACCUUCCAAGUCAGGUCAAGCUGGGCGAAUUGUACGAGAUGGGCGGCUAUGGUUUGGUGCAAGUAGACGAUGCACUCUCUAUUUAUUGGUAUACGCGGGCUGCAGAGCAAGGCAAUGCGGAUGCAGCAUUAGCACUGUCCAGCUGGUACUUGACCGGAUCCGCUGGUAUUCUUCCGCAAUCUGACCGUGAAGCCUAUCUCUGGGCACGCAAAGCUGCAUCGUGUCAAUUGGCUGACAGAUGGACAAUCGCGAAAGCUUAUUUCCUGGUGGGUAUGUACGUGGAUAACAGGAUUGGCAUCAGUGAGACAUCCACAGAAGAUGCGGCCGUAUGGUUUGAAAGAUCUGCGGCUCUGGGCCAUCUCGGUGCGAUGGCCAUGCUUGAAGAAGGCGAGGAAGAAGCAUUGAGUCAUGGCAUAUAG